AUGUCAGAAGGGGAUUCCCGCCGAAAGAUUGGUGCUCAGGUGACAGCGAAGGCCUGUCAUGUUGUCCAUUUGAGUGAGUGUGCUCGGCGAUACGGUGCUUUGAGGACCACCAAGGUCGUUGUGGGGACUGUUGUGGAGGUCAACAAUACCAGAAAGGCGCCAAACAACCGUGUAUCAACCUUCAUUACUGCUGACUUUGAUAUUGGUGGAGGAUCAGUCAAGCGGAGCACUCUGAACAUCCGUAGCGUCAAACUUUUCAAACCGGACCAGUCGACAGUACCAGCCAGUCCCGCAGCACCAAUACCGGCAGUAGACAACGCAGACACAGAUUUGGCCGUUCCAGAGCAAGAGGAAGGAGAAGCGGUCUUGCAGGAGACUUCUCCUGAUGAAGAAUUGGAAUUUCCAGCACAACCGAUGAUGAAAAUUGGAAUAGCUGCGGGGGAACAGGUAGCAGGACCUACCGCACAAGUAGCCACGCAGGUUUGGGGUGUUGAAGACGCUUCCUUUGUAAUGGCUCAUGAAACAAAGUGGUAUGCUGACGAGCAAGCUACAUUGAUUGAUAUAAAUGGCAGUGUCCAAAGUAAGCAGUUUGGCAUCAAUACACCAAUUGGCGACCUUCUUGGUCCAGACUCUGACAUUGAUGGAAAAUAUUCGCGGCUGCAAUUUUUUCUUCUCAUGUUUCCACCCGACCAACUGAGCGCCAUGUGUCAGCUAACAAAUGUGCAGCUUGCCCAACAGAACAAGCACUGCAUCAGUCGAUCGCAAUUGUGGUCCACAACCGCGCCGUCAAAAUACAUUCCUGCCCCUGCAUUCGGAAAAACAGGAAUGUCGCGGCAGCGCUUUGAUGAUCUUUGGCGAAAUAUCCGAUGGAGCAACCAGUGUCCUGAACGGCCGGAAGGUAUGAGCUCCCAUACGUUUCGGUGGCAACUUGUCGAUGAUUUUGUUGAAAGAUACAACAAUCAUCGAGCCAAUACUUUCAAACCAUCUCAUCUUAUUUGUGUGGAUGAAUCAAUGUCGCGAUGGUAUGGACAAGGGGGGGAAUGGAUAAAUCAUGGACUCCCCAAUUAUGUGGCUAUUGACCGAAAGCCCGAAAACGGUUGUGAGAUUCAAAAUGCCGCAUGCGGCUGUUCGGGUAUCAUGCUUCGAUUGAAGGUUGUAAAGGGUAAGACAGCAACAGAAAAUGAUGGGGACUACAAUGAACAGUUGCUGCAUGGAACAAAGAUCCUCAAAGAGCUUGUCCUUCCUUGGUGGUGGACGGAUCGGAUUGUUUGCGCUGACUCGUAUUUUUCAUCUGUCGGUACAGCUAUGGAGUUGCAGCGACAUGGUUUGAGAUUUAUUGGAGUUGUAAAAACAGCAACAAAACAAUAUCCGAUGAGAUACCUUUCGACUUUAGAGUUGAACCAGAGAGGCGAACGGAGAGGGCUUGUGAUGCGAGAUGUUGAUACAAAUUAUAGCACUCUGUUGGCUUUUGUGUGGAUGGACAGGGACCGCCGAUAUUUUGUGUCGAGUGCUUCCAGUCUGGAUGCAGGCAAGCCCUACGUACGCUAUCGUUGGAGACAGAUUGACCAAUCUCCGGAUGCAGAUCCAGAGAGGCUGGAAAUUAUCAUUCCACAGCCCAAAGCAGCGGAAUUAUACUAUUCUGCAUGUGGGAUGAUUGACAGGCACAAUCGAAGUCGUCAGGAUACACUGAUGCUUGAACGAAAGUUGGGUACAACAAAUUGGUCGACAAGGGUUAACCUCUCAAUAUUUGGAAUGAUUGUUGUUGACACUUGGUUGGCCUACAGUCUGUGUACAGGAAUAGGAAGAGCUAACGGGAGAGAAGAAAAGCAGAAAGACUUCUACACUGCCUUGGCUGAGGAGCUAGUGGAUAACCAAUACGACAAUGUUGGAACCCAGCACUUUCAAGGACUACAGGAGAACCAAGAAGUGGCCUGUACGCACAUCUAA